UCUGCACUCAGAGAGAACUGGGUGGCUGUGCUUAUCACAACUGGCCUGGUGCCAAGUGAGGGAGGGUGGAAGGUGAGGCCAGGGAAGAGGACAUGAACGUGCUGGGAAGACUACUUCUCCCUUGCUGUCUCCAGCAAGUUCCUUCCUCCUGUCUGCAUUCUGGGACUCCUGAAUACCUGCCCCACGACUACCUUCCUCUCCAGGAGCCUCCCCCUGCAUUCUGGGGUCCCAUAGCCUCUUUCACUUUUUACCCUAGCUGAGCACCCCCUUAUAAGCUCAGGGCCAGUGUUGGGUGUCGGGGAACAAAGUUUUUAACAGACUGCUGGGCUCCAAAGCAGGCACACACAUGUACCUAGAACACACCAGCCACUGUCCCCACCAUGAUGAUGACACAGCCAUGGACACACCCCUGCCCAGGUACACAGUCACUCACCAGGAGCUUGUGGUGAUCAACACAGCUAUUCAUACACCCAGCUACCAGGUCAGCCCCAGAGGUGCCCACACCCACAGGUGGAAUCUGUCUGAGGACCGGCUAAGCUAUCUGGACAUGGCCACCCACAGAGGUUCCAGCCUGACUGGCUAGCCACCAACCAUGCCUCUGGGAAGGUAGCUCUGGGCCCGAGCAGGCAGGUCAUCUCAAAAUUUGGCCUCCAGUUCUCCAAGAGGGAUUUCCGAGCUCCCACAGCACAGCCAGGGUAGGUGUGGAACAGUUUUUGGCAGUCUGUGGUGUGCCAGAGUUGUGUGGCCCUUUCUCACUGUGAGUGGUCAUAGGGCCAUGAUUUAUUAGAACCUAGAGGGUCACCUGUAACCUACACAGGAGUCAGGUCUGGCUCCUGCUACCGGCUCCUGCCUACCCCUCCCUGCCUCACAAGCAAUACUGGCGCUGUUUGCCCAUGCUGUCCUCUCUGCCUGGGGUCCCUUCCCCCAGCUCCUUCCUUUGUCCUGGAAUACUCAGCUCAGGAGCAAGCAGACCCUGACUCCCCCAUGACACCUGCAGUUUUAUGACUUUGCAUUAUAAUUACUUAGUGCCAUCUUCCCCAGCCAGUCUGAUUGUCCUUGAGGGCAAGGCCAUGGUUUCAUUAUCUCAGUGUCCUGAGGCCCAGCCAGGGACUAGACCCAGAACUGAGGCUUGGAGAUGUAUUUUGCAAGGAGUGAGGGAGGCGCAGCAGUCUUCUUGGGGAAGUAGAGCCAGUCCCUGCUGCUUUCCCAAGGAGGAAGCCCUAGUAUCACCAUGCUGGGUGGGCUUCCCCUAGGAGAAAUCCCCCUACUCAGAAUUUGGUCGGUUUGGUUCCCUCAACCCCAGCCAUCCAAGAAUAUGGUGUUACUGAACCUCUCAGUGUGUGAGUUCGUGGGACCCUUUAUUUCGGGAAAGAGAAACUGAAGCCCAGUGAAGAGCAAGCUUUGUACAAGAUCAUAGAGCCUGAUAGGGCUGGCUUGCCAGGGUGGGAUCUGGAGUGUGGGCUAGGUCCCUGCUAUUUGGUGGGAGCUCAUACUGACAGGAGGUGAGACUUGCCAGUGCCUUUAGAGGCCACUGUCCACCCCAGACCCUCCACUGAAGCAGAGGCCAGGAUAGGCUGACUUGUAUGGGCAGGGGAUUAUUUCAGUCUCUAUGUCCUGGCCAUUGUGGACCUAGGUCCCUCUGAGAGACACUCCUAUCCAUGGGGAGGUAGCGUGUGACCUCAGGCAGCCUACCAUAAUCCUGGGACUUCUCUGGAAGACCCCACACAGAUCUAUUGUAGGAUAAAUCUACCUGUCUAUCGUAGAUCUAUCGCUCAACUAGGACUGUUCGUUAGUGGGCCACUUAGUCAGCCCACCUCAGCUAGGAGGGCAUAAAACAUGAAGCUACUUUGCACUGAAUCCUAUCAGUGUGGCAAGAACAUUAGAAAUGCCUAUAGGGAAUGAUCUGUGUUUUUGGUUGAUGUAAAAUAGAGAGCGAUUAAUUACUGUUUAGUAAAUGCGGGGCAGUGGAAAAGAAUCUUUCAAAAGAGGAUCCCCACAUGGAAACAAGGGGGCUUUUGUGAUGACAAGCGGGGAAUGAGAUACUGGACUAACUGAGCCCAUGGCUGGGUAGAGGGGAAGCUGAGGCUUAUAGUGAGAUGGGCCAGCCAGAGGUCAUGCAACUAGUCUGGGGCCUAGGGGGUGUCUCUGGAGAUGGGAGAAGCAUGGGUCCUCCACUCACUGCUCAUCCACUGCUUUCUAGACCUCAUCCUUUGCUGGCUGUGGAGCGGACUGGGCAGCGGCCCCUGUGGGCCCAGUCCCUGGAACUGCUCGAGACAGUCAUGCAGCCCUUGCCUGCUGGGGCCUUCCUGGAGGAGGUGGCAGAGGGGACCCCAGCCCAGAUAGAGAGUGAGCCAAAGGUGUUGGACCCCGAGGAGGAUCUGCUGUGCAUAGCCAAGACCUUCUCCUACCUUCGGGAAUCUGGCUGGUAUUGGGGUUCCAUUACGGCCAGCGAGGCCCGGCAACACCUGCAGAAGAUGCCAGAGGGCACGUUCCUAGUACGUGACAGUACCCACCCCAGCUACCUGUUCACGCUGUCAGUGAAAACUGCUCGUGGCCCCACCAAUGUGCGCAUUGAGUAUGCUGACUCCAGCUUCCGUCUGGACUCCAACUGCUUGUCCAGGCCACGCAUCCUGGCCUUUCCAGAUGUGGUCAGCCUUGUGCAGCACUAUGUGGCCUCCUGCGCGGCUGACACCCGAAGCGACAGCCCUGAUCCUGCUCCCACCCCGGCCCUGCCUAUGCCUAAGGAAGAUGCGCCUAGUGAUCCAGCACUGCCUGCUCCUCCACCAGCUACUGCUGUACACCUAAAACUGGUACAGCCCUUUGUACGCAGAAGCAGUGCCCGCAGCCUGCAACACCUGUGCCGCCUUGUCAUCAACCGUCUGGUGACCGACGUGGACUGCCUGCCACUACCCCGGCGCAUGGCUGACUACCUCCGACAGUACCCCUUCCAGCUCUGACUGGGCCGGGCACCCUGCCCAGCCUCACCCAGUUGCACCCUGGAGGGGACAUCAGCCCCAGCUGGACUUGGGCUCCCACUGUCCCUCCUCCAGGCAUCCUGGUGCCUGCAUACCUCUGGCAGCUGGCCCAGGAAGAGCCAGCAAGAACAAGGCAUGGGAGAGGGGAGGCGUCACACAAUCUGGAUGUAAAUGCCCCCAGGGCCCUUGUGGCUUCAUUACACUGAGCCAUAUGUCAGAGGAUGGGGAGACAGGCAGGACCUUGUCUCACCUCUGGGCUGGGCCCAGACCUCCACUCACUUGCCUACCCUGGCCACCUGAACUGUAUGGGCACUCUCAGACCUGGUUUUUCAAUCCCCAGGGUCAGGUAGGACCCCUACCGGCAGCCAGCCUCCAUUUCUAGGAGGAUGACAGGCAGAGGAACUGAGGUCAACCAUGACUAGUGACCCCUUGUUGAGGGGUAAGCCAGGCUAGGGGACUGCACAAUUAUAUACUAUUUAUUUAUUUAUUCUCCUUGGGGUUGGUGUCAGGGGUGAACCAACCCCACCUCUAUGCCCGGAGCCCUGGCAGUCCAGAGACCCCAACUCUGCCCUGGCUUCUCUGGUUCUUCCCUGAGAUAUGUUGCUGGAACCAAGGCAAUCCUGGAUGUCCUGGCACUGACCCACCUGUCUGUGAAUGUGUUCACUCUCUUCUGCCCCCAGCCAUACUUGGGGAGGAUGGACAACUACAAUAGAUAAGAAAAUGCAGCCAGAGCCUCAGUCCCCAGCAGAGCCUGUGUCUCACCCCCUCACAGGACAGAGCUGUGUCUGCAUAGAGCUGGUCUCACUGUAGCACAGGCCCCGGGGAAAUGCCUGUGCUGUCAGGAAGGUGGGGUGCUAGUUUGAGGACCGCCGCUGCAGUUCUGCUGGGUCUGCUUCCUGCCCAGGAAGGUGCCUGCACAUGAGAGAAGGAGAGAAAUACACGUCUGAUAAGACUUCAUGAAAUAAUAAUUAUAACAAAGAACAGUUUGGUGGUCUUUUCUUUUCCACUGAUAUUUCUGUAAUGACAUUAUACCUUUAUUACCUCUUUAUUUUAUUACCUCUAUAAUAAAAUGAUACCUUUCAUGUAUGGAGCCU